GAACGGAAUAAUGCACCAAUAUAUAUAUAUGCUUCUUGACUCGGCUUCCUGUACGCCACGCUUUGUAGCUUAUCAAGCACGAUUUGCGGCUUCAGGAAGCAUAGAGAAGGGAGAGGGGAAGCUUCAAGGUUUAGUUUUGAAUUCUGGUAUCCGUCUAUUGAUUCUCUUCUUCCUCUUCUCUCUCUCUCUUCAUCGCUGUCUUUGAAGGAUGGCGUGUAAGGCGAUUGUUUGCGGACGAGGAGUUGGGGAAGGAAAUUGUUCGCUUCUUCGCGGAAAUCCGGAUCUUCGCAAUGCUCCGUCGCGUUCGUGUUUGUUAUCCCCGAUAACCCAGCGCCGGCGUGUUCGGUAUCCAUCCGUCGGGAAGCUUUCUGUUUCGGCGGCGAAACAAGAGCGGCAGAUCCGGAAGGAGGAGAAGUGGAGGAAAGACGACGCCGUUUCGUCGGGGGAGAAGGUGGAUGAGUGGAUGAGAGAGUCGGUGGUGGAUAUCGUGAAGAAUCUUACCGGAGCGCCGCUGUUGGUGCAAGUGUAUGGGGAAGACAACGGGACGGUGAAGACGAGGACGGAGAAGGCGGAGGAGUGGGGAUUGGUGAAGAGGAAGUGGGAGAAAGGAGAGGAUCAGUUGCCGGAAGGCGUGAUAUUCGUUGAGCAAUUGGAGGAUGAGCGUAGAAUCAGGAAGAAAGAGUUGCUAAUCAACAAUGGCGAUCGCGAUAAUGAUGAUUUGGAUUCUGGUAAUUGUAGAUGUAAUGAGGAGGAGGAGGAGGGGACGAGGGCAUGGGGGUUGGUGGUGCAGGGGAGAGGGAUGGAUUGUGGACCAGUGUGUUACCUGUUGAAGACGAGUAGGGUCGGGUCGGAGUCGGGUUCGGGUGUGGGAAUGUGGUGUACCCAUUUCUGUCUGGUGAGAGUGAGUAGUUUCAGGGAGACGACGGAGAGUCAACUGAAGAAUUGUUGGCUGUCUCAGCUCCAAUUGCAGGGUGGGCAUUCUGAGUAAAUAAAAAUGGUUGAAUCAGAAUUGAGAGUAAAUAGGAUUUUACUGAUUUCUUCUCUGUAAAUUUGACUUAGAUCACACAAACAAUUCAAUGGUAAUAACCCAAUUUUUCUUUUUCUUUUUUUUUUUUCUCAUACAAUCCUCCUCAACCCAAUUACACAAUUAUUUCAUCCGCCUAUGAACAAUCCUUUGAAGUUUGAACCAGAUCCGCCAUCGUUCUAAAUUUUAGAGGUCGAACCAGGCUUUAACUCUCAAGGAGAAGAAAAUUAACAGGGCUCACA